UAAUUCAGGGUCUGUAUGCGGUCUGUCGGAACUAUUUCAGGGUUGGACUCUCUUCCGGAAACUGUCAGCUCAGCUGUGAACGCCGCAUCAACUGCAAUGAGUUUUGAGUGGCCCUGGCAAUAUAAUUUUCCACCGUUUUUUACGCUACAGCCCAAUGUUGACACGAGACAGAAGCAGCUGGCAGCAUGGUGUUCCCUGGCUCUGUCUUACUGCCGGCAUCACAAGCUCUACACCCUGGACGUCAUGGAAGCUCAGGAAAGCCCUGUGUUCAAUAACAAGAAGAUAGAGCGAAAAUUGUCCAUGGAAGCCAUUCAAGUUGUGUUUGAGGAAUUAAGAAAAAAAGGGAACCUGGAAUGGUUGGACAAAAACAAGUCUCGGUGUUUGGUCAUGUGGAGACGACCAGAGGAGUGGGGCAAGUUAAUAUACCAAUGGGUUUCCAAAAAUGGAAUGGUCAACUCUGUUUUUACACUUUAUGAGUUGUCCAGUGGUGAUGACACAGAAGGUGAAGAGUUCCAUGGACUAGAAGAGUGGAUGCUGAUGCGCUCAUUGCAGGCCUUACAAACAGAAGGCAAAGCGGAGAUCAUCACUAUGGACGAUGGCAAAGGGGUCAAAUUCUUCUAAAAUGGUGCUGGAAUCAUACACUCUAUCUGGGAGCCCUCAUACUGUACCUUUAGAGGCCAAUUUAAGAGUCAGCCGAUUAAGGCUACACAUGGUGCACCUCGAUGCCUGGCCCCUGAGGAUGCUGGUCCUGUAAUAUUAGUUGCCUUUUGGUUCAUCCAAAUAAAACGCCUUUUUGUAAUUGGACAGGAACCAAUGUUAUUUGUAAGUGUAAGAGGGGAAAAGGGCAUUUGAGGUGACACCACGGGUUAACGUCACUUUUUUUGAGGUAACUUGCUAUACGUAGCAUUUGUUGCCAUUUAAACAGCAACUUUAUCAGGACGACAUACUAUCAUGAAUACUGUUGGGGGAAAUUUCCUCAUCAACUGCUACUUUAUCCUCUUUGUAAAUAUGACUAGUUUUAUUCUUGUUUUCCUUGUUAACAAAUGGUAUAAUUAGCUCUGGAUAUUUGCUCGGCUGUUAUUCCUCUGUUCCAACCAGACAUCCCAAAGAAAUCCCGGAACAAAACACCAGAGGGACUUUUAUUUUGAGAGUAAAUGCUUCCAGAAGAGGAACACCGCAGAGACUUGGACCACUGCUCCUGCCUGGAUUCAGCUGAGUGUAAUAAUGGGAGACUUCAUGUACAGAUUGCUGUCAUGCUAUUAUUGUGCAGUAGCUACUGUGAUACUCCUGUUAUCCUUUCUAUCUAUAUUUCACCUCUUUUUUUCUUAUCCUAUAGGAGAAUAAAUGACACAUUUGCUAAA